ACUGGUGAAGAGGAAGGUCUAUCUGCAUAACCGGAUAUGACCUCACCAAUAUGGCUGCCUGGAGGAGGAAUCGGAAUCAGUAUCAGUAUCAGUGAACAAGAGCGAAAAUGGCGUCUCCGAAAACUGUUCCUAAAGAUGCGCAGGUUAUGAUGCAGAUUUUGAAAGACAUGGGAAUCACGGAGUACGAACCGAGAGUCAUCAAUCAGAUGCUGGAGUUCAUGUACAGAUACGUCACAACCAUCAUCGAAGAUGCCAAAAUAUACGCCACGCACGCUAAGAAGAACAACGUGGACGCCGAUGACAUCCGGUUAGCCAUCCAGUGUCGAAUGGAUCAGUCCUUCACGUCGCCGCCGCCGCGAGACUUUCUGCUCGAGGUCGCCAGACAGAAGAAUCAAACCCCGCUGCCCCUGAUUAAGCCGUACGCAGGUCCUCGUCUUCCACCAGAUCGCUACUGUUUAACUGCACCGAACUACAGGCUCAAGUCGCUGCAGAAAAAGGUGUCUUCUUCGGCGGGUAGAAUAACGGUGCCGCGCCUCAGCGUGGGGGCCAUUUCCAGUCGACCGAGCACGCCAACUCUCGCUACGCCGUCAGUGCAGACGAUGGGCUCGAAAGUGGGAACUCCGGUGUCACUAACUGGUCAGCGCUUCACAGUGCAGAUCCCGUCCUCUCAAGCUACAUCUGCUAAGUCGGCCACCCCGACCACUCCAGGCACGGUCCAGAACGUCCUCAUCAAUCCCUCUCUCAUCGGCUCCAAGAACAUCCUCAUCACAACCAACAUGGUGUCUCAGAACUCGUCCAACGACUCUGGUUCGCUGAAAAGAAAGCACGAAGACGACGACGACUACGACGCCUCGUGACCCUGUUCAGAAAGAAAUAAUCCUUCUUCUGGAUCCUUGGCACCAGACCGGCUUGUAAAUACGCGUUACCUUGCAGCUACGACGUCCUUUGGAUUAGUCCAGUAACUUUAGCUUCUUGCUUUAUUUUCUCUCAAAUUUUUUGUAUGUUAAAAAAAAAAUCUGUUUAAAAAAAAGGUAAUGGAAUACAAAUUUAUGUGGCUUUUACGAUGGAUAGAAGAAAGAGCAAACUGGUUGGAAAUGACCAGCAGGGAGUGACAAACCACAAACAUUUCUAUUUCUUUUCUUUCUUUCUUUUUUUUUUUUAUCUAAAAUGCGUUACCUGUUUUAUCAUUAGUGUCAAAAUCCUGUCCCUACAUUUAUUGGUCAUGAUGAGAUUUAUGAUUGUUUUCAUGAAAGCUCAAUGUCACUGUCUAAAGUUCCCUUAAGCAAUAAAAUAAAAAAUGACUUGUCUCUUUA